AUGUUGAAUGGCCACAUGUACGCUUUGGCUCUGUUUUUAUCUUCGUUUUUUUCUUCCAUUGCAAUUCACCAACAGUACGCCGAAUGCAAUCGUGUUGGUAUCAAAAUUCGUGCUGCCAUCACUGGAAUGGUAUAUCGUAAAUCUCUUCGUGUGUCUCGUCUUAAAGGCGGUGCUGGUGAAGUCAUCAACAUCCUGUCCACUGAUGUCACUCGCAUCAACGAUGCUGUUGUCAAUUUCCACUUUCUGUGGGCUGCCUUUGUUGAAGUCGUGUUGAUUCUUGGCAUCUCCUUUUCCGAAAUCGGUGUUUCUGCCCUACCUGCUCUUGCUUGGGUGCUCAUCUUGCUCCCCAUCCAAGUAUACUUGGGUAAACUCACUAAUGACUAUAACCGUGAUCAAACUUCUGCCACAACCGAGAGAGUCCAUCUGAUGUCUGAAAUUCUUACUGCCAUCAAGUUGAUCAAAUUCUAUGCCUGGGAAAAACCUUUUACCGAAAAGAUAUCCGAGAUCCGUCAGCGCGAAAUGGAACUCAUUUACAAUGGCCUUAUCGUCAAGACUGUCAAUUUUGCUGUUGUGUUUGCCGUUCCUGUUCUUGUUGCUCUCACUUGUCUUUCCACUUAUGUGGGCACCGGUAAUAGACUUACUGCCUCUGUGUCGUUUACUGUUCUCUCUGUGUUCAAUACACUUCGUUAUCCCUUCUUUAUGCUUCCCAUGGCUGUCAAGUCUACCGCUGGUGCACUUACCGCCUUUGGUCGUCUCGAAACCUUUUUCCAUCUUGAAGAAGUUGAGGAACUCAAAGUCAUUCCUGCUCCUGCCGAUUGUGAUCUUGCUCUACAUAUUUCCAAAUCCAACUUUAAAUGGGAUGGUGCCGAGGGUGAUGAUCCUUCUCUUCGCGACGUUUCUCUUGCCAUCAAAAAGGGCUCCCGCGUAGCUAUUGUAGGCGAUGUGGGUUCUGGAAAAUCAUCCCUAAUUGCUGCCCUUCUUGGACAGAUUCGUCAAGUUUCUGGACCUGAAAUCAAACUCUAUGGAACCACUGCGUACAUGUCUCAAGAAGCUUGGAUCCUCAACAUGACUCUACGUCAGAAUAUUUUGUUUGGAAAAGACAUGGACAUGGAACGUUAUCAAGAAGUUAUUCGUGUUGCUGGUCUUCAACGUGAUCUAACAUUGCUACUUUCUGCCGAUCAGACUGAACUUGCUGAGCGUGGCGCCAAUCUUUCUGGUGGUCAACGUCAGCGUGUGUCGCUUGCUCGUACUAUAUACUACGAUGCCGAAAUUGUGAUUCUUGAUGAUCCUUUAUCUGCCGUUGAUCAGCAUGUUGGUCGCCAUAUCUUUGAAGAGUGCUUCCUUAAGCAUCUAGGUAACAAGACUCUGAUCAUUGCCCUCAACCAGUUGCAGUAUCUUUCUCAGAUGGACUAUGUGGUUUUCAUUGAAAACGGCACCAUUCGUAGUCAAGGCACUUACUCUAGUUUGAUGGAAACCGAUACUGUGUUUUCUGAACUGAAUGAACUGUCUGUUUACUCCAUCUCACAAACUCGACAACCGCAUCACGAUUCUCCCGACGAUGAUGAUGAAGAAGAUGCAAUUCUUCGCGGAAAACUUGUUCAAGACGAUUUAUCUACUCAAUCUGCCGGUUUUGGUGAUUUUGUCGCAUAUGCUCGCAGUGGUAGUGGGUCUGUAGUCACCAUAUCAAUCAUGAUUAUGUUUGUUCUUGUUCACGGUAUCCGUAUUGCUGGUGAUUACUGGCUUCGUUUGUGGGUUCCUCGUAUUGGUGGAUUCAGCGAUGCUGUUUACAUUGGUGUAUAUGGUGUUUUUGCCAUUGCGUUUACUAUUGGUGCAUUUUUCCGUGGUCUGUUCUUUUCUCAGGCAACCUCAUACAAGGCAUUUACUCUUCACUCGAAACUAUUCCAUGCUGUCAUGCACGCUCCCAUGUCCUUUUUUGACAUGACUCCUCUUGGACGUAUUUUAUCCGCCUUUUCCAAACACCAGUUGCAUGUUGAUGAUACUAUGCUCGACUCUGCCAUGCAGGCCCUUCAGUAUUUCCCUCUAGGACUUGGCGCACUCGUUUUGUGUGCUGCUAUUAUUCCUUGGGGCUGGGCUCCUGCGAUUGGUAUUGUUAUUAUUGCAUAUCUUUUUAUUCGCUACUCCAACCCUGCAGAUCUCAAGACCAAAUCUCUUGAAGCCAUUUCCAAGCCUCCCAUCUAUGCUCAUUUAACUGCCACGCUCGAGGGUCUGUUUUCUGUUCGUGCCUAUCAUGCCCAAGACCGCUUUGAUUCUAUAAACUUGGAGCGUAUUGAUACCAACCAUGAAGCUCUAUUCUCUAUGCAAUGUGUCAAAUCUUUCCAAGCUCUGUAUCUCGAUAUUUUGUCAUCACUGUUCAUCUACUUUUCCUCCUUGCUGCUUGUUGUCAACCGGGAUCAACCAGGAAUUGACUCUGUCGGUGGUCUUGCACUUUCCAACGCUCUUCAAAUGCUCGUCUUUGUUCAAUGGACCGUUCGUAUGUGGGGUGAGGUUGAGACUCAAAUGGCAUCUGUUGGUCAGCUUGUCUACUAUGGCGCAACUAAACCCGAAGCACCUUUUGAAAUUCCUGAAAAGAAACCUCCUGCGGACUGGCCUACCAAGGGUUUGAUCAACUUUAAUAAUAUUGUUCUCAAAUACCAAAAAUUUGGUGUUGCUGUCCUCAAGAACGUGUCCUGCACCAUUUAUCCUACUGAAAAAAUUGGUAUUGUUGGACGCACUGGUUCGGGAAAAUCCACUCUGUUGGUUUCACUGCUGCGUAUUGUCGAAAGUUCAGAAGGAAAAAUCACCAUUGAUGGGUUGGAUGUGAGUCAGAUUGGCUUGCAUGAUUUACGUAACAAGGUGGCCAUUAUUCCGCAAGAGCCUGUCAUGUUUGUUGGUACCUUGCGGUCCAAUUUAGAUCCAUUUAGUCGAUCUACCGACGAAGAGAUCUGGAAGGCAUUGGAUGCCGUACAAUUGGGUGACAAGGUUCGUUCCAUGCCAAGCAAGCUUGAAACUGCAGUGACUGAAAAUGGCAAAUCUGUUUCUCAAGGACAACGCCAACUUGUUUGCAUUGCUCGAGCUAUUCUAUCCAAAGCCAAGAUUCUUGUUCUCGACGAAGCCACUGCCUCUCUUGAUGCGAAAACCGAUUUGUUGAUUCAAGAAACCAUCAAAAAGAACUUUGCAGACCUGACUAUGCUAACCAUUGCUCAUCGUCUCAAUACCAUUAUUGAUUGCGAUCGAGUUUUGGUUAUGGAUGCUGGCAAGGUGGUCGAGUUUGAUGAACCAAUCAAGCUGUUGGAUAUUCCUGAUGGUGUCUUUAGAAGCUUGGUUGAGCAGACGGGUGAUGCUGCUGCUGCUAAACUGCGCGAAUGUGCCGAGGAUGCUCGCCAGGAGCGUGUUUCUCGCGGAUACAGCAUUCCUGAUCAAGGUAAAGAUGGACCCAUGACGGUCAACGAACUGGCCUCUCAGCAACCUGGAGUAUAACUUUUAUAAUUCUUCACUUUUGAAAUUGGCACUAUCACCGAGGUUUGCUAUUAAUGGCUACUGGCAACAAAAGUGAUUUUCAAACCCAAUGUUUGGAUAUCUACUAGCAUGCUAAAAAGAAUGUUUUGAUGCAGUUUAUUCAAAAUAUAAAUAGCUUAAAUAAAAGACGUUGUGAAACAAGUCGAUUC